CGGUCACAUUUUCCUUCAUUCCGAGAGCUUACGCUGAGAAAUGCGUGACCACCGUGCAGAAGCAGCAGCUCCUUUGGAUGACGUCACAAAGGGGCGUGCACACCCCGGCUGUAUAAAACGGGCCCGCUGACCCUGCAGUUUAACUGCAAUCUCGACGGCAGCUCAACGUCCUCUCGCGACACACCGAUCCUUACCGACAUGAAGCUGGUCAUCCUCUUCGCCCUGGUGGCUGUUGCCGCUGCCAGCUACCUUCCCUACCACGGCAGCAACUACUACUACAGCCGGCCCUACUACUAUGACAACUACUACAGCCGGCCCUACUACUAUGACAACUACUACAGCCGGCCCUACUACUAUGACAACUACUACUCCCCCUACGGACGGGGCUUCCAGGGAAACUUCGGCUUCAAUAACUUCGGCGCCUUCGGCGGUCGCUUCAACAACUUCGGACUUGGAGGCAUCGGCAACGGACUCGGCUUUGGUCUCGGCUAUGGCCGAGGUUACGGUGGCGCUGGAAUCUUCAACAACUUCGGCCUAGGACGUGUCGGUGCAUUCAGCCGUGGCUUCGGACUUGGAUCGGGAUACGGCAACUGCUUUUAUGGCAUCUGCUAAUGAACUUCUGUUGGAAACAUGAUCACGUCAGACAACGUUGCAAGAUUGAUCGGCAUGCAUCUUUGACUUUGUGUUCGUGCUCUUUUGUCGCUUAGUGUUCUGACAACGGUCAUUACUAUGGCCAUGUCAGACUCUCUGCCUUUGUGUGAUAAUACGUGCUAUUGUGAAUACGUGCGUGUCUAUUUGUGCUUAUUUCUGGUAAUAAACACUCGGCUGAAA